GCGGAGCUAUGCAAGGGAAGCCUGACAUCUGGACAGUUCCAGGACAUAAUCGAGGAGGUCAGCGAGAAAAGAUUUUGUGUGAAAGAACUGACAUCACGUUCGUUCACACAAUUCGGACAACUCGGUAUCGAAAUGCGAGCAAACGGCGAGUUGCUGCAACGUUCUCCGAUUUUGUGCAAACGCCAGAUGAUAGAGCGCGUGCCUGAUGUCACCCUGAAUCCAGGCGAUGACAUCAUCAGUGACGUAUACACGUGUCACUUGCUCGAUGAAACGGACUCUGCCGCACCUUACUCCAUAGCCAUUCGUAUCUAUAACGUCAUUAUUACGUCACGCGAGGACGUGCUUGUGCGGCUCGGCGAUGGACGUGUUAUCAGUGACGUCACACUCAACAAUGAUCAGCAGGGUCAGAUCCUCACGUUCGACACCUCUAUAUCGCGCAAGGAAACCUUUACGGCGCUACUCAAGCCGAAAAUAGAACUCUGGGAGGUCGGGACAUCAGUCAUAGAAGUGACGUCAUCGCUGGACAAGAGAGUGAAACUGCGCGUUCCACGGAAUGUGUUUAUUAAAAGGUCGUCAAGCUUAGCGCUCGAGAUUCUAGAGAUGCCAGAGGAGGCGGAUAUAAUUGAAGGGCAAAUCAUAGCCGCGACACCGGUGUACAAGUUGAGCGCAGACGACACAGCCAUCGCCAGUUUACAGAUCGAAGUAAGAUUAUCGACCUGAUAUUGUAGCGUGCACAUUACGAUCAAUUCCGAUGCCUGCCAGUUUUGGUGCCGACAGCGAACUCGUUGUUCUACAGCACGUAGGUGACACGUGGUCACGUGUUUCCGGUAUACAUGACGACUCCAAUCCGAUGUCUGUCAUCUGCGAUGUUUCAGCUUUACCAGU